UCACCCGGGAGCAUCGCGAGCCAGCCCCUUCGCACUGCGCGAGCCUGAGCUGCGCGGGCUCGGAAGGAGGGCCCCGCGGGACGGAUCUUCCCCUCCCCCGGGAGGAGACACAGCCGCUCUGGGAACUGAAGGCAGCCCUCUCCUUCUUUGCUCUCCUUGCCGGCUCCUGCUCCCCCAGGUCUCUCCAGCCUAGCUCUUUGAAGCCCCGCCCAAGGAGAUGGCAGGGACCUAACCUGCAUACAUCCUCCGGCUCCGCCCAGCCAGCCCAUGGGCUCCGUGAGGUCAGCCCUGCUGCCGACGGACACGCCGCGGCCGCGAUGGCGGCGGACGUCGAGGGGGACGUGUACGUGCUGGUGGAGCACCCCUUCGAGUACACGGGCAAGGACGGGCGCCGCGUUGCCAUCCAGCCCAACGAGCGCUACCGACUGCUGCGCCGCAGCACGGAGCACUGGUGGCACGUGCGCAGCGAGCCCGGCGGCCGCCCCUUCUACCUGCCGGCGCAGUACGUGCGCGAGCUGCCGGCCCUCGGCCACCCUGCCCCCGACCCGCAGCCGCCCGCGCGCCUUCCGGGUCCCGCAGACCCCGAACCGCUCGCGUAUGACUACCGCUUCGUGAGAGCGUCGGCGCCCGCCGGUCCCGACGGCGCGCCCGCCGAGCCCCGGGGCCGCGCAGGCUCCAUGUGCGGCCUAGCUCGGCGCGGCGCAGCAACCCAUCGCCGAAGCCUGGCGCCCUGCCUGCCCGCCUGCCUGUACACGAGGCCCAUGGCACCUGUGCGGCCCGCGCAGUCUUUGGACGACCUGGCCCGCACCGCCGCGCCCCCUGCCGGUCUCCUCGGGAGCGGGGGCGGCUUCAAGGCCUGCAGCGUGGCGGGCUCUUGGUUGUGCCCGCGGCCCCUGGCGCGCAGCAACUCCGAAAACGUCUACGAGGGCAUCCAGGACGUGCGCGGCCAGCCGCUGGAGCAGCACCCGGAGCAGGUACGCCACGGGGAGCCGGGAGCGGGCAGACGGGCGGGAGUUACGCCCGCCGCGAGCGGCGGCGCUAGGAGACCCGCUCAGUCUUGCGUCGGGCUCCACGGAGCAGCAGUGUCCGCCGGCUUUGGACCGCUCACGCCGAGCCUAACUUUCCUCAACCACGAAACGAGAGGGGUACAGGCUCACUCACGAUCUCUUACCUGCAAUUCCCAAAUGUCAAAGCUCUCUGGAGCCCAAAGGGUUUUUGUAACUCAGCUGAUGGCAAAAUUU